AUGGAUGACAACGCAUUGGAGGCGGCCGCCACCCGUUCCUUCCGCGCCAAGCACGAGGCGCUGACGCGGCUGCUCGCACCCACGUGCGGCCGCGUGCACGCCUUCGAUCGCUCCGCCGGCGCGCUCGCCGUGGCUCGCGCCGCCUCAGCUGCCGCCGCGCACAUCAGCUUUGACGAGGCGGACGCUCGCUGCUUGCCGCUGCCAGACGGGUCGGUGGACGUGGCGCUGGCCGGCUGGGCGCUGAGCUACCUGAAGAGCGAGCACGAGGUCUGGCACGCCGACGGCUCCUACGGCGGCGCGUGGCGCGAGGAGGCCUCGCCCCGCCGAGAUGGCUCGCACCUGUACGCCCACUAUACCGCGCGCGGUUUCUCGCAGCGGGUCGUGCGCACCGACUACCGUUUCGAGAGCCGCCGCGCCGCGCUCGCAACCCUCGGCUUCUUCUUCGGCAAAGGCGUGGCGCGCCGCGCAGAGGCGUCGCCUUUCGCCGAGAGACGAGCCGAGAGAUGGCUCAGCGCGGUGCGGCGAGUUAAUCUGCGCGUGACGCGACUACUACAGGCGCUGCUCGCAGACGUCGCCGACGACGGCGAGGCUUGCUUCGUGCCCGAGUGUACCGGCGUGUGGUGGCGGGUGAAACACUGUGAAACAACGCAAUAA